CGGUGAACGUCACACGUUGGGGAAGUCCGUCACCGCGGCUGUUGGACCUGCUGCAGCUUUUGAGGUUCCGAUCAGUUCCAUUUUUUAUUUAGGUUCAAACUGAGACUCUUAACGUCGGGCUCUAAACCAAUUGUCGAUCAACGAAAACGCUUUGGAUUUUAACUGUCUUUAUACUAAUCCCGGAAACCCGUCAGUAAAGCGAAAGUUGAGAGAGUCGAGAUGAGCGUGGAGGCGUACGGGCCGAGCUCCCAGACCCUCACCUUCCUGGACACCGAGGAAGCGGAGUUGCUCGGAGCGGACACCCAGGGCUCGGAGUAUGACUUCACCGACUUCACCCUUCCCAGUCAGACGCAAACUCAAGGGCAGACACAGAGCCAGCUGGACAGCCAGGUAAAUGGUCCCGAUGAGGGUCUUCACAACGGUGGAGUGGAUGAUUCCGUGGCCAAAGCCAGCCAACUGUUGGCCGAGCUGAACUUUGAGGAGGAUGAAGAGGACACGUACUACACCAAAGACCUGCCCUUGCACGCGUGCAGCUACUGUGGUAUCCACGAUCCAGCGUGUGUGGUGUACUGCAAUACCAGCAAGAAGUGGUUCUGUAAUGGGCGUGGCAAUACAUCCGGCAGCCAUAUUGUGAACCAUUUGGUGAGAGCCAAAUGCAAAGAAGUGACUCUGCAUAAAGAUGGGCCGCUGGGCGAAACCGUGCUGGAGUGUUACAACUGCGGCUGUCGCAACGUCUUUCUCCUGGGCUUCAUCCCAGCAAAGGCUGAUUCUGUGGUGGUGCUACUCUGCAGGCAGCCCUGUGCCAGCCAAAGCAGCCUGAAGGACAUCAACUGGGACAGCUCGCAGUGGCAGCCGCUGAUCCAGGACCGAUGCUUUCUGUCCUGGCUGGUGAAGAUCCCAUCAGAACAGGAGCAGCUUAGGGCCCGUCAGAUCACGGCCCAGCAGAUCAACAAGUUGGAGGAACUCUGGAAGGACAAUCCCACUGCCACCUUGGAAGACCUGGAGAAACCUGGAGUAGAUGAGGAGCCCCAGCAUGUACUGCUGCGUUACGAGGAUGCUUAUCAAUACCAAAAUAUAUUUGGCCCUUUGGUCAAAUUGGAAGCUGACUACGACAAGAAGCUUAAGGAGUCACAGACUCAAGAUAAUAUAACAGUUAGGUGGGAUCUGGGGCUGAACAAAAAGCGGAUUGCCUAUUUCACUCUUCCUAAGACGGAUUCAGGUGGUAAUUCUCUAAACUUUCCUUCCUCCCAGUGGUUCUGUGGUACAGAUGUAGCUCCCAUCCUACUCCCCCCCCCUCAGGCCUUGCACGCAACCUCCCCCAUCCCUGCAUCUUUUGGUGGCAUGUAUAUGCGGCUGAUGCAAGGUGAUGAGAUUUGUCUGCGGUACAAGGGAGACCUGGCCCCGCUGUGGAAGGGCAUCGGUCAUGUCAUCAAGGUCCCAGACAACUAUGGAGAUGAAAUUGCCAUUGAGUUGCGGAGCAGUGUUGGAGCGCCUGUGGAAAUCCCCCACAACUUCCAGGUGGACUUUGUGUGGAAGUCGACUUCCUUUGAUAGGAUGCAAAGCGCCCUGAAGACGUUUGCGGUGGAUGAGACCUCAGUGUCUGGCUACAUUUACCACAAACUCCUGGGGCAUGAAGUUGAGGAUGUCACCAUUAAGUGCCAGCUGCCAAAGCGCUUCACUGCCCCAGGCCUUCCUGACCUCAAUCACUCACAGGUGUAUGCUGUGAAGACGGUGCUUCAGAGACCUCUUAGUCUGAUCCAGGGGCCUCCUGGCACUGGGAAGACCGUCACCUCUGCCACGAUCGUGUACCACUUGUCCCGACAGGGCAAUGGACCAGUUUUGGUGUGUGCUCCCAGUAACAUUGCUGUGGACCAGCUGACUGAGAAGAUCGAUAAGACUGGACUGAAGGUUGUCAGGCUGUGUGCCAAGAGCAGGGAGGCCAUCGAGUCCCCUGUGUCUUUCCUUGCUUUACACAACCAGAUCAGCAACAUGGACAGUAUGCCGGAGCUUCAGAAACUACAGCAGCUAAAAGAUGAGACUGGCGAGCUGUCGUCUGCUGAUGAGAAACGCUACAGGGCUCUGAAGCGCACUGCUGAGAGGGAGCUGCUCAUGAAUGCUGACGUAAUCUGCUGCACUUGUGUCGGAGCUGGAGACCCUCGUCUGGCCAAGAUGCAGUUCCGUUCGAUCCUGAUCGAUGAGAGCACCCAAGCCACUGAGCCCGAGUGUAUGGUGCCCGUGGUGUUGGGAGCAAAGCAGCUUAUUCUGGUGGGUGACCACUGCCAGUUGGGUCCUGUGGUGAUGUGUAAGAAGGCGGCUAAAGCAGGUCUGUCGCAGUCCCUGUUUGAGCGCUUGGUGGUUCUGGGGAUCCGGCCAAUCCGCCUGCAGGUCCAGUACCGUAUGCACCCGGCUCUCAGUGCCUUCCCCUCUAACAUUUUCUACGAGGGAUCCCUGCAGAAUGGCGUCACUGCAGCUGACCGCAUCAAGAAAGGCUUUGAUUUCCAGUGGCCACAACCAGACAAGCCCAUGUUCUUUUACGUUACUCAAGGUCAGGAGGAAAUUGCCAGCUCUGGAACCUCGUACCUUAACAGGACUGAAGCUGCCAACGUGGAGAAAAUCACCACCAGGCUGCUGAAGGCAGGAGCCAAACCCGAUCAGAUCGGCAUCAUCACCCCGUACGAGGGUCAGCGCUCCUACCUGGUUCAGUACAUGCAGUUCAGCGGCUCCCUGCACACCAAACUCUAUCAGCAAGUGGAAAUUGCCAGCGUGGACGCCUUUCAGGGCAGAGAGAAGGACUUCAUCAUCCUGUCUUGUGUUCGAGCCAACGAGCACCAGGGAAUUGGCUUCCUGAACGACCCUCGCCGUCUCAACGUGGCGCUGACCAGGGCCAAGUAUGGUGUGAUCAUUGUGGGCAACCCCAAGGCGCUCUCCAAGCAGCCACUGUGGAACAACCUGCUGAACAACUACAAGGAGCAAAAGGUCCUCGUGGAGGGGCCCCUAAACAACCUGAGGGAGAGCCUCAUGCAGUUCAGCAAGCCCCGCAAACUGGUCAACACCAUCAACCCUGGAGGACGUUUUAUGAGCACUGCAAUGUACGAUGCCCGUGAGGCUCUCAUCCCUGGUUCUGCAUACGACCGGAGCAAUGGUGGACGUCCAUCUAAUAUGUACUUCCAAACACAUGACCAGAUUGGGAUGAUUGGUGCAGGCCCAGGUCCCAUGGCUGCUAUGAAUAUUCCUAUACCCUUCAACUUGGUGAUGCCACCAAUGGCUCCACCUAGCUAUCUAGGUCAGCCCAAUGGGCCUGCUGCAGGGCGUGGAGCAAUGAAAGGUAAGCCUGGGCGUGGUGGGCGGCAGAGGGUCCGUGGUUCAGCACACCAGGGUGCCUGUCAGGGUAAUGGACCCAACAGUCAGGCCAGCCAGGAUGGAGCCUCCCAAUCCUUCUCCCAGGGGCCACUGACACAAGGCUACAUCUCCAUGAGCCAGCCCUCACAGAUGAGCCAGCCUGGCCUCUCCCAGCCGGAGCUCUCCCAGGACAGCUACCUGGGUGACGAGUUCAAGUCCCAAAUCGACGUGGCUUUGUCCCAGGACUCGACCUACCAGGGUGAACGUGCGUACCAGCAUGGCGGAGUGACUGGACUGUCGCAGUACUGAAGUGUUACCCAAAGAAGGGAGCUAGGCUUGAGCUGAGCUUAGUUCAUCAGCUUUUUAAUCUGGGAAAUAAUAAAAACAUAAAAUGGAUACCUGUUUUCCUCUGCUACAACCGAAGCACCACCAAGUGAAAGCGACGGGAUAGCGAAACCAAACCAAUGACCAGCGAGAGAAACAAAGAGGGUAGAAGAAGAAGAGAGCACGAACAGACAGGCAGGGAGAUGGCAUAAGAGGCCGAGUGAACAAGUGAGAGGCAGGAACCAAUGCCCGUGCAGAGUGAAGGAGGGAGGUCGAAAAGAUGGCGGCUUGUGGUCGGGCUGCUGAGGGAAACACGAGAGGUCCAAACGGUCUCUCAUGGGAAUCCAAAUGAGGUUGAGCUCCAAAUAAAAUAAUCUUCCCAACACCUUCCCAUCCACAGCGUCUGAGAAAAGUUUAUAUGCUCGUCUUCAGGUGAAGAUCGUAGAUUUUCAGCAGAACUUGAAGAAACCUGGUUUCAGUUCUGCUUCCCCAUGCUUAAAAGCUGGUUGACUAUCAGCCUGUGCAGUGCCCUGGACUGUUUUUAAAAUUAGGUUUGACAUGGGAGAAGCGUGCUACCUACUGUCUUCUACUGGACCCUCCAAACCUCAGCAGCCUCUAAAGAAAGCGGCAGUCGACGGACCCUCUCAGAGAGGAACGACAAACUCUGUUUCUGUGUCUGAGUCUGAUAUUGAAAGGCCUUUCAUUCGCCUUGAGAACCACUGGCUCGUUCACAAGGUCUGCAGUGGGGUGGUUUCGACCACCCGUCAGUGGUGGAGGGGCGUGGGGAUUUCAGACUUUUUUUGCUUUUUUUUCCUUUUUUUUCAAGACAUGAGACGCGAAUCCCGACGAUGUCGCGAAGAUCAUGGGACAGUUUACCUUUCUUACCACAGAGCACAAAAUUGCAAAAAAGUCAUUGAAACUAUCAAACGUGACCAGCAUUGAAUAUUCAGCUCGGCGUCAUUUGAUGUUUCAGCGAAGGCUUUUUUUUUUCCCCUCUUAUUUUAAUCUUUCGAACGACGGCGUCUUUGACGUCCUGCUGUCUUUUUAAAACACCCUGUGUACGCUUACAUUGGCAAAUGCUUGAAUGCUUUUGCUCUGAGUGAUUUCCUCAGGGGAUUGUGGACUGUCCACACUCAUCACGUGAAUCCCUGCUUGAGGUAAGAGAAACUAAACGGGGACAUUUAGAUGAGGCUAACAGGCAGUCGUGGCGAUCAAUCAACGGCAAGAAAGUAGAAGAAAAGGAAGGUGGCUGAGGCAGAGAAGGAAACAUGUUAAAGUCAAAGGUUUAGGGAAAAGAGUGAACUUUUUCAUACCAGAUGCCACUGUGUUUUUCACCUUAAUGAAGCCAUAUUAAAGGUCACGUUGACCACCCAAAUACAACGAAAGCUAAUCAGGUUGAAAAGAAGUGUUUGAAAUUCAGAAAUGAACUUGACCCGAAAGACUUCUGGUUCCUGUGGAUUCAAAUUGUUCUGUUAUUAACCCCCAGUCACUCACAGCAGAAAAUGCCAUCCAGUACUGAUCGGGCGGUGGCAGAGAAAUGAAAUAAACAGCGAAUGAGACCAGAAUCAGUGCCUAUAACCGCUCACCCUCAGAUAAACAGCCGCAGCACAAGCAUGAAUGUAGUUCCAGUCAAACGACCAGCAUUUCCAACAACCUUUCUGACACCAGAGGGCUUAAGAAACCCACAGAAAAGGACUUGUUUUAUUUAUAUAUUUUUAUUGUUUGAAUAAAAUGAAGCGAGUGAGUCUAGCAGCUGGGCUGAUUGAGGGGCAAAAGCCACCUUCCUUCUCUGUGAGGUAAAAAUGGAGGUUGUUAGAUUUUAUUUUCCCCUUCUGUGGCUGUUUGAUUUGUGCUGAGCAGUUCCUCCUGAGUUGAUCCACUUUGCUUUCGUCAGACAUUUUGCUGCCGUGUGCAUCGUUUCGUUGUGUAGUUUUACUGAAAUGUGGGAUAUAUAUCUAUUUUUUUUCGUAGCAACUUGCUGAGUACAGGAAUGAGCGGGACGCCGUUUCCUUUCUCGAUUUUUGUAUCUUCUCUUCAAACUGUCCGAAGGAUUGUAGUUUUGUAACUUCUUCCAGGAAUGACACUUUCUGAACACAGCAAGAAUGUACUGCACCGUUGUUUCUCACCUGCUUCUUAUUUCUGCACACACGUGACAAUCAUGUUGCGCUUUACAUUGUUAUGUUUGAGUUAGAAAUAGUUGACAUUUGUGCACAGAGUUCUUUUAGCAUAUCAACUUGUUCCGGUGAAUCCUAAUGUGUUAGAGCUUUAAAAAAAAUUAUUAAAAAAAUGUUGCCGUAAUAUUUUUUUUCCUCCCAUCUUCUGAGCUACAGUCAAUUCCAACAUGUGCAGCGAUCAUUGAAGAUGUGAUUCUGUUCCACGCAGAGCGUUCAUUCACCACGUCAUUAGGCCGAGAUUUAAUUCAUGAAAUAAAGUCUCAAUGUGAUGUAAAUACAUAUUUGAAACAGUCUUAUUUGCAGUGACGUUUCAUCACAAGAUGCUGAUUCUCUUGUUAAACUGAAUCAAUAAACGCUGUCAACUUCA